UUAUAUUUAUUUUUAUUAAAAUAACACCUAAGCAGGUCGUUACAAUUCUCUCCCCAGGUUCCGUCCAUCUGCUCGGGUAUGGCAGAAAGAUGAGCAAAAACGGUUAUGGAGGAGGCGGAACUCAGGGCCCAGUAUCAAUGAAGCCGGUCAGAUUUCUAUCUCAAUAGAAAGCAAAGAUUUCGAACUCUCAAUUGAAGGGCAGGGCAUCAAAAUCUCUGAAUCCAAAUCAGGUAAAAUGCGCCUUCUAUCAAUCUCUAGGGAUUUAGCACAAUGGCUGAUUGAGGUUCUAACCAGGCCAGUUUACUCAAAGGAAAAUUGGGAAAUAACUAAAUUUAAUGGGGAUUCUAUCCUCAAAGUAUGUUGGGAUUCAAAUUGUUCUGGACAGUAUGCACGCCUUUCAACUGAUAAAGGGAAUUCCUUAAUUUUCAUCCCGGCUGGGAACUCUUUAGAUGGACUCAAUCUUUUUUGCAAGGGUUUGUCUGAGAUUUUAAGGAUCUCAGAACAGAGGCUUUUUGAGAGUAACCAAAUGCUUCUGCGAUAUGGUGAAAAGGAAGGUUCCAGGUUUAUUCAAGCAAAUAUGGAUGAAGGAUGGCGAUGCUUCCAUAGCGAGCUGGGCUCGGGUGGAUAGGAUGAAGAACAGAAGGGUUAUGGGAAUAGUUACUAUGUGGACUCAACACAUGAAAAGGAGAUGGAAAGUAUUCGGAGACACACCUCAGAUGUUGAGCCGCCUCCUAUCGACCAGGAUUGUCUGAAGCAAUUCGAACAAGUCAUUAGGGAUAACAUCAACAUAUUUCGGAAAUCAAUAGCUAACAAAAAGUUUUUGCAUGCUUUAAAAAAUGGACAGGUACUCAGUUUCUCAGGGGAAGUCAUUAGGGUUACAAGAGAGGCAAUGAAGAGCUUUGAAUUCAUUGAUGCAGCAAAAUUUGAAGCAACUAUGCUUGGUUGUGGAUUUUCUAGCUUAUGGGAAGGCAGUCUCUUCGGGCUGAAUCGUUUUGAAGAAGAAGAAGACUGGAAUGAGUAUUUUCUAGCUGAACAGUUAGCUUGGCUGAGGAUUUUUGGCUUCUAGGAGAUGUUUGCUGGGUAGUAAGCUUCAAGAGGAAGAAGUCAAAUUAUGGGCUGGUGUUAUAGCCAUCUCCUUAUCCUUU